AUGACGCUUUCUCUGGAGUGCUUGGGGGUGCACCUGCCUUGCGAGAGCGUAGAGGUAGCGUUGGUUGCACCGGCGGGCCCUUGCCACUGUUGGGUGAGCACUAAUCGAGAGACCGUGCAGCAAUGGUACCGGGAGUCGGCUGAGGGUCUAGAUCGUUCAUCAACGGGUUCAGAAAGCCCUGUUGGCGUGCAGAACAAAGACCGAAGCGUUUGGCGGAUCGUGGCUGAGUUCCGCGCUCCUGGCAGAGUCGCCUUUCUAGUACACCUGGGCAAACACGGUCUGCUUGCUCAGACGGCAGACUGCAAGUUCUUGUUCGUGGCUGGUCACUGGCGCAGCGUGAAACUCCCAACAUGGAACGAACGCAUAACCGCUGUCACAGUGGUCUCAGGGAGUCUCCGUUCACUGGCGGAUGAGCCGGAGAGUCGCACGUCGCCUACCAGGUUUGAGCGAACGCCCCAGGCCUCUACGUCUUCGUUGCACCUUUUGCUUGGUACGGCGCAGGGAACGCUGUAUAGCUGUUUGGUGCCGCAGUUUAAGAUGACUGCCAUCUGGAGUACAACAACGGCUUGUUCCGGGGCAGAGCCGAUCUGCGGGUUGCGCUAUCUGCAUGCUGCUCGUACGGGUUCUCCGGGCCACGAGCUUCUGAUCCUCAGCACACCAACGAGGUUGUAUUACGUCAUGGAUCCCUUCUCGGUAUCGGAGAGCGCUCGCGAGCGGCUCAACUUGGAUCGCUUCAUGGAGACGGCGCCGUGUGCAUCCGCAGACGCAACGAUGACCGCAGCAGGCAUGGUGGAAAGCAUCCCGCAGAAUAAGAUCGGAUCCCUCUUUGGGGACUGGAACUGGUUAAGUCGCACCGGUAUCUUGCACUUUCAAGUGAAUCGCUCGGCGCUAGCGGCUGGGCAGUUGCCAGUGGUCUGGGAAAAAUCCUGGAUCGACUUGUCUGGGAUUUUCUCUGCAUCGAAGGAACCAUAUGCGGUCUUUGGGGCAGUCGACAUAGAGCCUGGUUGCGUUCUUCUUGGAAUCCAAAGUGCUUCUGCCGCCGAUGGUGCAGUAUUUCCAGCGCAAGGCGAGCGAGCCGUAGUCAGCGACGACAAUGAACCGUCGCUAGUGACCAGUCUGCAGGAAUGUUCGAUCACUGAGCACGCUCCGACACCAAGUCGAAACGCUGCACCAGAAGAGUGUUUCGUAGAGGAGCGUGAUUCAGGAGUACGGGUGCUUCCCAGCUCGGAGCGUGGUCACACACGUGGAAGAGAUUCUGCAUCAGAGGCGUGUACCUCAGAUGAGCUGCACCCAAACACACGAGCAUAUAGCGCUUUGGCUUUAGAAAGUGUGACUUCAUCGGUGGACCAACUUGAUCGCUCUUUAAGCGCAGAGACGGCAGAGAUCAGUCCCGGUGACUGCAUGAACAUCACUCAUGUUGAGCGUUCUUCAGUCUUGCCUUCGGUUCGCGAUAGCAACGCCGCAUUUGAAUCAGAGACCUUCGCAUUCACGCAAACACCCGCUGCGGAUCCACAGCUCCCAGAGGCCGUGUCAGCUGAUUCAUCGGUAUCCUGCGCAGCGUUCGAGCACGCCUUGCCCUCAACGGGGACGAGGACAGAGCAGGUGUCGCUGGACGCUCGCAGCGAGGCAGCAUCAACGGAUGUCGACCCGGUGCUUGGAUUCAUUGCUCUGUACUCCCUGGUAGAUGGCCGUUUGCGCGCUCGCAUGGCCGUGCGAAAAGAGCACGGACGACCGCUAGCGCUUCUACCUGGUGGACUGCUCGUGACGAGUCGCGCAACGUACUGUUGUCGUGUCUCGGGCGACGUACUGAAGGCGGUCCAAGAAGCGUUCGUCGAACGAUACCGCCUUGCGGAAGCGCUAGCAAACUGCAAAACGACCGAACAAAAAGAUGUAGUGUUUCUUCAGUACGCAGAGAAACUUUUCAGUGAACUGGGUGGAAUCCACGAGGCAGCCACGGAGGCGGAUCUACAAGCACAACGAAUCCGCAAGCAGCAAAUUGCUUUCUACCUCGCUCGCUGCCGCUCUUUACAAGUCCAGGAUGCACUGAAACGAAUGAUUGAACAUUGCGCUGUCGAUGCCGAGAUGGUACUCGCCUACGUCGAGCAACGUGUUCUUGUAGAAGAGGACACGCUCAGUACAGGCGCCCUCGAAUCGUUACAAAAGGCGCUCCAAGACUAUCGCAGCGGUGCUGAUGCGGAAACGUUUUUAUCGCAACCCUGUGUAUUACGAGACCAGUCAGCGACGGAUGCUAUGUACGGGCGCCUCUAUCGGCUGAUGAAACCGGGCUCCACAGCGCAAGUUCAGUUACGAGAGCAGAUCUUGCAGCGCGCUCUGGUCUUGCCCCCGAUUGCGGAACGAAAGCAUGGAUCAUUUUCAAAUAACGAACAUGAGGCGAUCAAGUUGCUGCAGUGGGCAGCAGUGCUGCUCGCUGAGCAAGGCAACGAGGCAGAUCUGUUCGCCCUUAUUCAGAAGCAUGCCCCUGCGGUGCAUGAAGAUCGCUCGUUCUCAGGUUUUCUGUUGUGGCUGGUCAACCGAUACGGUCUGUGGCACGUGCACAUUGAGUUGCUCUUGAUGCUGGACAAACAGGUCGGGUCCGACGCGGGUUAUCGUGAGGACGCCUUGGAUGUUGCUUUCGAGCAUGCCGCAGAAAUGGCCCUGGAGGCGAGUCCUCUUCUGGAGCGCCUCCUGGAUCGGAUUUGUGGUGAGGAUCGGGCACUCUGGCGCCAAGCGUUGGACCGAGCGCCCGCCUCGUGUCGCACUGCAGUUUGGAGCCGGGCCCUUCUCGAACGCCGCGUGGUCACGCUUGGUGAAGCGCUCGACGAUCGCAGCACCACAAGGACGACUUCGCCCGUGGACUGCCCGUUGCCGGCGCAGGCGCUCAGCCACUUGUUUCGUGAUAUGGAACAUUCCCUGGCAAUUGAGCAAGCCAAGAUACAGGAUCUGAUUUCAGUCCUCGAGCGCCUGGAUCGGGCGCUAGAACACCAGUCUGCCGUGCGCCAUGCAACGGAAGCUGUGUGGCGACGACAGUCCACGAACUGCACGGAAUCGACACCUGGUCGAGAAACUCCGCAGACUGCAUGGUUCCCUGGCCACGCUAGAUCGCUGCUUCCCGACUGGAUGACGCGUUCGCUACAGGCCGACGCGCUUUAUGGCGCGAAAGCUGGAGCAAGCAACGCCCCAGCCGAGAUGCAGGCCCGCGCCGCUCUCUGUCGAGUGCGUUCGCGAAACCGGUCGCUAUCGAGCGCAUGCGUCACCGGCAGCACCAGCGAGGCAACGCAGCAGCCAACCGACACAAGUGCAUCUGUUGCGACACGUGAACAUGAUGUUACAUGGUUCAGCCCUUUCUGGCUCGAAUCCCUGAACGCAUCGUACCGCUGA